UCUGUUCAGGAAAAGGAUGGGAGCGGCAUGGCACAGGAUGCUUUCUAUCUUCAGUCACUUAUUACUAAUGCAUUCCAUGAUGGAUUUCAGAAAAUAGAAGAAUAUUUUCAACGGAGAGAGCGCCACGUUCCUCAAAAAUAUAAUAAUCUUUUGUUACACCAUCUUGACAGAUCAAUAAAUAAGGAACUGGAUAAAAAUGAAUUUCAGUGUGUUUCACUGUUGCUGAAAUGUGUUCAGCGAUUCUUCAUUGGUAGCCUCAAAGAAGAGGAGCCUUUGCUAAUUCAGCAGGGACUGAUCCCAAAGAUGGCUUCCUGGUUUGAAAGAACAGCAGGAUUUCUGACCAUGACAGACCUAGCCUCGGACACAUCUCUGAUUAAUGUGACAGAAGACUUUUUUGACACAGCCUUGAUUAUUUCCAGAAGUAGUAGUAAAGGGAAAAGUCAGAUGUUGGGUUCCUUCAUACUCACCUUAGGAUUUCUGGUGACAGAAGAGAGUGUAAAUCAUUUGAUGCAGCGGGAGGCACUGAGGACCUUGAACGGUAUUCUGCAAGCUGUACCUCGAGAAGACAGAAAACAACUUGUCUUGUCGGAAGGCUCGUGUCGUCUUAUGAAAGACCUUGCAAGGACAAUCUUGACUGUGGGUGAUUAUGACCAGCAGGUGGCUCUCUGUGAAGCAUUGUGUAGACUGACCAUGAAAAAAUCAAGGGAAAACUUUGUCCAUCAGUGGUUUGAAGACGAUACCAUUGCUGAGGCUUUCAAAGAAAUUAGAGAUCGAGAAUUUGAGACGGAUUGUAGACGGUUUCUCAAUCACCUAAAUGACAGACUUGGUGACCAAAGAAGGGUCUAUUCAUUUCCAUGCAUUGCUGCUUUUGCUGAUGAGCAUGAGAUGAGAAAACCUGCAGAUGAAAAAUUAGAGAAAUUUUGGAUUGAUUUCAACCUAGGAACUCAGAGUGUAACUUUUCAUAUAAACAAUCCUGAGAGCGCUUUAUGGGACUCAGUAAGACUUUUGAAGGAAGCAGCGAUUAAUUUCAGCGUAAUAGAAACUGAGAUGAAGAUGCUCAAAAUUUACCUGAAGAAGCCUAUUAAUAUCAGAAACAAAGAAGUGAUGAAAAUAGAAAUUCAUUUUGAAUUGCAAUUCAACAUAGCACAAGCUUCCAUUAAAGCUUUAGGAGAUGACAAACAGGUGAGGCCUGACCAGACGAAAAUCUCCUCAGACCUUUUUGGUGAGUUUGAGAAAGAAGACACUGAGAUUCCUAGCAGCCAUGAAAGAGAGACAGACCAAGCAAAGGAAUCUACCGAGCUGGCAGAGUUAACCAGUGCUGAAGAUAACCAAUGCCUAACAACUCUCCCCUUAAAUAACCAGUCUGAGCCUACUAAGUUUAAUUAUAGGAAACACCUCUUCUCGGAGAGUGAUGAAGAUUCAAGUACUAGUGCCAGUGAACUGUCCUGGACCAGUGACCAAAAAAGGAAAUCCCUGAAGUCAUAUCCUAGUAGAAAAAAGAUAAGAACCAGAAGUAACCUAAAAACCUUGCCACCAUUCCCCAUAAGUAGUGGCAGUGACCUUGAGAAAGAUCAAGCUAAAAUUCUAACACCAUUACGGAAAGAUACCUCCAGGCAAAAUAAUGUCACACCUCCAAAAAUUCCUGGAACGAAAUUUGAGAGUAGUUCUGCCUUUUUAACUCCUGAAGAUUCUGCCCAGAAGAUAGAUCUUCAAAGUCCCCACCCAUUGAGCGAUCUCUCUUCCUUGGAGCACUCAGAUGUUGAAGAAAAUGUAUCUGAGACUGUGACCCAAGAGUCGUUGGUGAAAAGUACUAGCUUCAAACAUAAACUGCAGAACUUGGAAGACAGAGACAGAGCAGAGGGUCAUUUCGCCGAGUGGAAACAGUCGCAAUUGGAAGAAGGUGAUGCUCCAGGAGGCCUUUCCUCAGUGGCAGAAGAAACAGACUUGGCAGAAGGCAUUUCUACUUCAUCCUUAAAAGUUAUUCCAGAGAACUUGAAAGGUUCUGCGUUGAUCACCACCUUUGAAAACUUCACUAGAGAACUGAAAAGAAAAUACGAGCUUAGGUACAGAAGGAGCCCACUUUAUUCAGAAACUGCAAAGCAAGCGCCGGAUUGCCUAAUAAAGCUUUUAAACCAGAUCCAUCUGUGCAGACUGAAUAAACUAGAACAGUUUCACACUUUUGUUCUUCAAGAACUGAGCAACCUUGAGAAGGAUAUUGGGGGUCUGCAACGCCUUGAGGAGGAUGUUCUGGAAUUUUGGGGGAAACAGUCUGAUGAUCUGAAAUCAUUCUGUGAUCUGCAGCUGCUGAGGGGGUGCCCACUGGACGAGAGCUCUUUGAGCAGAGAGACCUUGUCUGAUCUCUGCACCAUUUUAUUCCAAACCCUAGUGCGACGCCUGGCACAAUUCCUCAGCCAUCAAGACAGCUCAGGCACUGUCUCCUUUGGGAAAGUUUUCGAGAGAGGCUUCCAGCUGCCUGGGCUUUCUCCUUCGGCUGAAGGAUGCUUCCCUCCUUGUGCAGAUGUGAAGCCCAUCAAAGCAUCCAGAACUGCAGUGGAGCCUGUGUUACUUGGAGCAGGGAGAGGAAGCGCCGAGUUUGCCAAACUGGCGCUUUUCGUUGUGGCUCGUUCCCAGCCCGUGGCUCGGUGCCGGAACCUUCCCAUAGCCCUCUUUUCCUAUUUUCAAAAACUUAACCUGCAAAGAGUGCUAGCAGGUGCGGAAGGCUUUACCAAGACCGGGCCUGGUGAGGGGAGGUCCGUGUGGAAACGAGCCAAGUCGCACCCGUUCUGA